GGUGUACACAGUACAGUACUUUCUUUUUUGUUCAUAGGCCUAAUGGCUGAAGUCUCGUAUGUUAGCGUUGGGAGCGAGAAACACAGAACGAGACUUCCUUUCUACUUCCUUUUUCGUCACGUACGGCUAGCAAGAUGAGUAAAAUAAAUCGUGACAACUUGAACGAUUCCAUCAGUGCUAUACUUCAAGCUUCUCAGGACAAGCCGAGAAAAUUCACACAGUCCGUUGAGCUCCAGAUUGUGUUGAAGAAUUAUGAUCCUCAAAAGGACAGACGUUUUGCUGGAACAGUCAGACUGAGGACUGUUCCACGGCCUAAAAUGAAGAUCUGCAUCUUGGGAGACCAGAUUCACUGUGACCAGGCCAAGGCAAACAACUUGCCAUGUAUGACUGCUGAUGACCUAAAGAAACUAAAUAAGGACAAAAAGUUGAUCAAGAAAUUGGCUAAGAAGUAUGAUGCUUUUCUUGCCUCCGACUCCUUGAUUAAGCAGAUUCCUAAGAUCUGUGGUCCAGGAUUUAACAGAGUUGGAAAAUUUCCCACCCAAGUAUCUCAUCAAGAGUCACUUGUACAGAAAGUGGAGGAAGUAAAGGGCACCAUCAAGUUUCAGCUUAAAAAGGUUUUGUGCUUGGCUACAUGUGUUGGACACGUGAACAUGACUAAGGAAGAGUUGUAUGGAAACAUCACCCUGGCCAUUAACUUCCUGGUCUCCCUGCUGAAAAAGAACUGGCAAAAUGUCAGAGCUCUGUACAUCAAGGGAACCAUGACUCCAGCCCAGAGAGUCUACUGAGCUUGUAUAUGGCAAUUAAAUGAUUUGAAAAUA